AAACCCGAUACCGCUCCCACUUACCCUCAGAUUCGUCCUUUCUUUUUCUCUUUCUUUCUUUCGUAGAACGGAGAGCACACUAUUUUCACUGCAGCAGCAACAAUGGCGGAGACCGAGAUCGAGAAGAUAACGACAAUAGACCCAGAGACGGAGUUUCUGGCGUCGAAGAUAAGGAACGGGAACGAGUGGGAGACCUUCAAGGAGAACGUGAGGCCGCUCAAGAGAGGCCGCAACGUCAACCUCUUGAACCACGCCCUCAACUCCCACACCGAUAACGAACUCAAGAAAUCCCUCAUGGAACAACGAAGGAAGCUGAUUGAAGCCAUCGAAGAAUACCAAGGUGAUGACCCUCUUCUUCCCUGGAUACAGUGUAUCAAGUGGGUUCAGGAGGCGUUUCCUCCUGGCGGAGACAGCUCGGGGCUGGUGGUGAUUUAUGAGCAGUGUGUGCGUGCCUUUUGGCACUCAGAGCUCUAUAAGGAUGAUCUUCGCUACCUCAAAGUGUGGCUUGAAUAUGCAGAUAAUUGCUUUGAUGCAGACGUCAUCUAUGCUUUUCUGGAUGCAAAUGGAAUUGGAAAAACUCAUUCCAUUUUCUACAUUUCAUAUGCUUUGCAUUUGGAAUCUAAGAACAAGUUUAAAGCUGCCAAUCAGAUGAUGGAGCUUGGCAUAUCUAGGAAUGCUCAACCGGUUGAUAAAUUGAAGGCUGCUUAUAGACAAUUUUUUGCACGCUCAAUGGCAAGGCCUAUAGCUAUAGAUGAUGCAGUAGAAAAACUGGCACCCACGCGUAGCUUUGGAACUGUUCUUGCCAAGGGAGAAAAUCGUGCACCGCUGUCCAUUUUGAACUCGAACCGUGAUCCUUGUGCUAAGAAUGAUAGGACCCGAGCAGCUCCACUUUCCAUUUAUAAAGAUUCAGCUGACACUGGUGAUACUGAUCCUCAUAAGCCAGACCUGUCGCACUCUUGGCACACACUUGGAGCUCGAGCUGACAGAAAUAAGGAAAACAAUGCAAUUCCUGGCAAGUGGAAGUCCUAUAAGAUUCCACAGCGACCUGGGACUAGAACUGGAGGGGCUACUGCAAGUGCCUUUAUCCCAGUGUUUGUUGAUGAAGAAUGUCAAGAUUCACAGAGUAAGAAAGCAGAGGGUUGCAAGUCGUCAAAUUUGAAGAUUAGGCAAGAGGACGACAAGGAACUGAAAAGGGAAACAGAGCUACUGAGGAAGAAUCCAUUACGCAACUUUCCUCAAAACAGCCUCCCUAGAUAAUUCAUUGAACCUUUGAUGGAAGCCAUGGAUUGCAGCAGUGUUGUGCCAUAAUUUCUUCAACAGUUUGCCGCUCAGCUUUCCCCUGGAAAGCUUGACCACAUUUAACAUGUGCUUUCUAGUUGGUACUGGAAUUUCGGGUUUGUUUAAUUGGUUGAAAACAAUGUACGAGUAAUAUGGUUGAAAAUAAUGUACGAGUAAUAUUUGGACAGAGAAUUUAAGAAAUUUGUAAUGUGAGGCUACAUGUCAUUACCUCAAUUCAAUUCGGGUUUGUUUAAUUGGUUGAAAACAAUGUACGAGUAAUAUGGUUGAAAACAAUGUACGAGUAAUAUUUGGACAGAGAAUUUAAGAAAUUUGUAAUGUGAGGCUACAUGUCAUUACCUCAAUUCAA